AUGGCAUUUCCCUCACUUGUACUUGCAACAACACUAGCCAUUCUAUAUAUUAGUUCUCCGGCAACAGCCACCGGAGUGGAAUCCGGUGGUACAUUUAGCAUUGAUCUCAUCCAUCGUGAUUCCAUCAAAUCCCCUUUUUACGAUGGUUCCAUGACCUUUUCGCAACGCCUUGCUCAUGCUUUGCAACGCUCUUUCAUCAAUGCAAAACGUUACAAAGAAAAUGCAACGACAUACCAAACCCAAAUAAUCCCCGAUCAUGGUGAAUUUCUUGUGAACAUUUCGUUUGGAAAUCCAUCACAUAAAGUCAUGGCCAUCGCUGAUACUGGUAGCGAUUUGUCAUGGAUACAGUGCAAGCCUUGCAUCAAAUGUUAUAAACACAAGGGUACUCUUUUUGACCCAAAAAAAUCUUCUACUUAUAAACCCUUAGAUUGUGACUCAACAAUAUGUAAGGGUAUAGAUACUGUCGAUAUAUCUUGCUCUACAACCAAAACUUGUGAGUUUUUUGAGAGUUAUGCUGAUGGAUCUUUUAGCAACGGUAGUGUCUCCACAGAAACCCUAGGAUUAGGUGACCGGUUCCUCCUAAAUAUUGUUUUUGGUUGUGGAUUUAGCAACGGUGGUAUUUUCCGAUCAACAUGGGGUGGGGUAAUCGGUCUUGGUGGAGGAGACGUGUCUCUAGUGACACAAAUACGUUCUUUUGUGCCGGGUAGGUUUUCAUAUUGUCUUAUUCCAUACCCUUUGAACGAUGAUUUAUUGAACAAGUCUAGUAAAAUGACCUUUGGUGACAUUGACUUUGGUCCAAAUAUUGUUUCGACCCCACUUGUCCCAAAAUCUCCAAAAACAUUUUAUUACGUAACGUUGGAAGCGGUUAGUGUCGGCAAUAGGCGAAUGAAUAUACACGAUGGCUUGAACUUCUCAAAACCGGUGCCAAAAGGAAAUAUGAUCGUGGAUUCAGGGACAACGUUAACAAUGUUACCACAUAGACUCUACAAGAACGUUGAAAUGGCUAUCAAAGAUUCUCUUAAUUUGAGAACGAUGAAAGAUCCACAAAAGCAACUCAAUCUGUGUUAUCGUGCUACAAAAGUUAUAGACGUACCUAAAGUAAUAAUGCAUUUUGAUGGAGCAGAUGUCGAGUUGACAAGAGACAACAUAUUUGUUACGGUUAGUAAACAUAUUAUUUGCUUAGCCAUGGGGUCGACUACCGAUCUUCCUGUUUUUGGGAACUUGGCACAGAUGAAUUUUAUGGUAGGUUUUGAUUUAGAUAACAGAAAGGUAUCGUUUAAACCUACCAAUUGCGAAAAGUUGUAA